UGGUGUGUGUUUAGGGCCAUUUGGAGAGAGCUGCUGCUCUGGGAGGAGGGACAGUGAAGUGCUCUGAGGCAAGAUCAACCUCCUGAGCUGAGGCCUCACUCUCACCUGCUGGCAUGCCACCCCAAAUCCAGGCCCGGCAGAGACUUUUGAUCAAAGGGGGAAAAGUUGUGAAUGAUGACCUGUCUGUGAUGGCUGAUGUGUAUGUGGAAGAUGGAGUGGUGCAGCAGGUGGGACCAAACCUAAACCCGGAGCCUUCGCCUGGACUCUUUGUGCUGGAUGCCACCAACAAGCUGGUGAUCCCUGGGGGCAUUGAUACUCACACGCACAUGGAGUUCCCUUUUAUGGGUAGCAGGUCAAAAGAUGACUUCUACACUGGAACUAAGGCAGCUAUAGCAGGAGGAACCACUAUGAUCAUCGACUUUGCCAUCCCUCAGAAAGGUUGUUCUCUUACUGAAGCUUUUGAUACAUGGAAAAGCUGGGCAGACCCUAAAGUCUGCUGUGAUUAUUCAUUGCAUGUGGCAGUUACAUGGUGGAGCAACAAGGUGAAGCAAGAAAUGAAAAGUCUUGUUCAAAACAAAGGUGUCAACUCCUUCAAGAUGUUUAUGGCCUAUAAAGAUGUAUACAUGGUCAAUGAUGAGGAGCUGUAUGAAGCCUUUUCCUGCUGUAAAGAACUUGGGGCAGUUGCUCAAGUCCACGCAGAGAAUGGGGAACUAAUUGCACAGGGUGCAAAGAAGAUGCUGGCAAUGGGAAUAACUGGCCCAGAGGGUCAUGAACUGUGUCGUCCUGAAGAAGUGGAAGCUGAAGCUACACAAAGAGCAAUUACCAUUGCAAAUGCUGUAAACUGCCCCCUUUAUGUAGUCCAUGUAAUGAGUAAAUCUUCAGCAAAUGUGAUAAGUAAUGCACGAAGAGAAGGAAAGGUGGUUUAUGGGGAGCCUAUUGCUGCAAGUCUUGGCACUGAUGGCACCAACUACUGGAAUAAAGAUUGGGCUCAUGCUGCAGCAUAUGUGAUGGGACCCCCACUGAGACCAGAUCCAUCUACUCCUGGUUUCCUCAUGAAUUUACUGGCCAAUGGUGACCUCUCUGUGACAGGGACUGACAAUUGCACCUUUGACAUAUGCCAGAAAGCUCUGGGAAAAGAUGAUUUCACAAAAAUCCCUAAUGGAGUGAAUGGUGUGGAGGAUAGGAUGUCAGUCAUAUGGGAAAAGGGCGUUCACAGUGGAAAAAUGGAUGAAAACAGAUUUGUAGCUGUUACCAGCACAAAUGCAGCAAAAAUCUUCAACCUUUACCCAAAGAAGGGCAGAAUUUCUGUGGGCUCUGAUGCUGACAUUGUAAUUUGGGAUCCUAAAGCUACAAGGAAAAUAUCUGCAAAGACACAUCACCAGGCAAAUAACUUCAAUAUAUUUGAAGGAAUGGUCUGCCAUGGGGUUCCAGUUGUGACAGUUUCAAGAGGCAAAGUGGUUUAUGAAGGUGGAGUUUUCAAUGUCACAGCAGGAGAUGGAAAAUAUGUCUCCCGUCCACCAUUCCCUCCAUAUGUCUACAAACGAGUCAGGCAGCGGGAACAGGUAUGUCAACCUGUUCCUGUCAAGAGGGCACCAUACACAGGCACGGUCUCGGGAACAUCCAUCACAAGAAAAUAACAAGCUCCUUCUCCAGUUUUGUCUGUUGCAGAUAAAAGCAAAUGAAAAUGACCUUGCUGCCCCCACCAGCAGUCCCUUCUGGGCCCAGCAAUCAAUCCACAAUCAACUUCUCAAGAACCAACAUGAAACAACAAUAACCAAUAAGCAUUAUACUUGGCUUCCUACAUAAAAUUGUCAUUGAAAUUUAUCUUUGAAAAAACUUUUACUGUAAGAAUUGGAGAAUUGUUUUUAGAAAAUGGAGUAAUAAUUUUAAAAAGUACAAUUAUAAUGUGGCAACAGCUCUUUACAUUCUUAAAAAUAUUUAAGUUUUGGGAUGGUAUUUCUUAAUGUUUAUCUUUAGAAGGUAUCAGCUACCCAAUAAAGUAAAAGCAAUGAACAAUGGUGUUUAAGAACAUUUUUUAAACUCCUUCUCUGUUGGGUCCCAGGAGAUGAAUCCUAAUUCUCUAAUACUAUAUGUUAGGAAGAUCUCUGUUGUGCUUGGCAAUGUAGAGAAUUCUGAGAGCAGAUGCUGAAUUUUAUUUUUUUAAUUUUCCCUAUCUGGAAGGGGUCAGUACAGAAAUAUGACAAUUCAGGAGAACACUCGCUAUUUUGGAGCUGCUGCCACAUCUCCGUGUCACUGUCUUUAAAGAACUUUACCUAUUGGUCCCUGCCAACUGCACCACCAAGCUUUUUUUAGUGGGUUCAACUAUUUCCUUUGUUGUACCCAAGCCAGACCUAUGCCAGCCAUACUCAUGAACUCACCUACAAUAAUAGUUUGUGUUCUGGCUUUAAUGGAGAGGCACACACUUAUCACCUGAAGACCUAUGAAGUGAGAUCACCAGAGCAAAACCAUAAUGCAUUAAUGUCAAAAAAACCUUUUUAACUGAAAAUGUGAGGUUUUUCCCAAUGUAACUAAUACUUUGGGUUUUUGUAGGGUAGGAUUCCUAAUUUAAAAAAAAGUUCUCAAUUUAUCUAA